AUGGCAGGGAACGACAAUUCCUCCGGGGAUGCCCAUAGGCCUCAUACAAAGAAGCAACCCCCACCAGCUCCCUUCUACAUUCCUCUCAACAUCACCCUCUACCUAUGCCUAGUAACCAACACAUUGGCCGCGAUAUUCUCUCCAAUUCAAGAUUGUGAUGAGGUGUUCAAUUUCUUGGAACCUGCACAUUAUUUACAACAUGGAUAUGGUCUUCAAACCUGGGAGUAUUCACCGGUUUAUUCUAUCCGCAGCUGGCUCUACGUGUCGCUCCAUGCCGCUGUAGGCAAGAUCGGGUCUUUGGUGGUGCACACCAAGGCAGCUGAAUUCUACACAAUUCGCCUGUCUCUUGCAUUUAUGUGUGCCGCCUGUCAGACUCGACUAUACUCUGCGAUAUGUCGUACACUCAGCCCCCGUAUCGGUCUCUUGUUUGUGAUAAUCGUCACAUUUAGCCCUGGCAUGUUUCACGCUUCAACUGCCUUUUUGCCUUCUACAUUUACAAUGUAUAUGUCUAUGCUUGGUCUAGCUUCGUUCCUGGAUUGGAAAAAUAGCCGGAAAACAGCGCAGGGCAUCAUGUGGUUUGGGCUGGGGACAAUUGUUGGGUGGCCAUUUGCCGGUGCUCUCAUUGUCCCUCUUUUGGUUGAGGAGGCUAUUGUUAGCUUUAUCUCUGGAUCUGUUGGCUCGUUUUUGUACAAUGUCUUUGACGGCAUCAUUCGUUGUUUGUCAAUUCUGGCUCUUGAAGUUGCGGUUGAUUAUGCUUUCUUCCAAAAGCUUGUUCUUGUCCCUUGGAACAUUGUUGCAUACAAUAUCUUGGGGGAGAAGCCACACAAGGAAGAGCGGUUUAUGUACCCAGCAUACCCAUUUCUGGCACUUAGCGCGGCUUUGAGUUUCCAUAUUAUUUUGACCUACCUUGGCUCUACUAACCCAAAGGAACUGAUCGGCCGCGUGCCAACCAAACUAAAGAUUGCUGCAUCCCUGUCAGUUGUUCUAAUUGGUCUGAACGCUGGCAUGUUGCGCACUCUAGGGAUGGUUACGGCUUAUAACGCUCCAUUGAAGGUGUUCGAUUCCCUACAGCGUGUGGAUAUCGCGCAUGCAGGAGACUCCAUAUGCUUCGGCAAGGAGUGGUAUCGCUUCCCGUCUUCGUAUUUCCUUCCGAACGACAUGCGCGCAAAGUUCAUCCGAAGUGAAUUCCGAGGACUACUUCCAGGCGAGUUCCCAGAUUCGCCGAGUUAUCUUGGGCGUCUGGAUGGUGCCUCACAGAUUCCAUCUGGCAUGAAUGACCUUAACAUCGAGGACCCUAGCAAAUACGUUGACAUCUCUCAAUGUUCUUUCCUGGUUGACUCUUACUUCCCUGGUCACGACGCAACCGAACUAGAACCCCAUUAUUUCCUGGACAAGACGCAGUGGGAGACGCUUUCCUGCGCAAGCUUCCUCGAUGCGUCUCAAACAGGCCUGCUGGGUCGAUUGAUCUGGAUUCCUGAUCUCCCAGUCAUUCCCGCCCGCUUCCGACGCAAAUGGGGCGAAUACUGUCUUCUUCAACGAACAGUCGCAGGCCAUGCAUAG